AUGAAGAAACGUCCCCACAUGAUUCUAUGUAAUAAUAACGGUGUAGCUUCUGCUAAUAAGGCUCCAGAAGAAAACGUGGGAAGUUGUUCUCCCGGUGACAGUUCCGUUGCAAAAAUAAUGGGUUCAGGUUUGAGCAGUAUUGACAAUCCAUCGAAUCAGCAGUCUAGUGGAAGCGAACGUGCCACACAAAGAGAGGCUGCUUUGAUGAAGUUUCGGCUUAAACGUAAAGAGCGAUGCUUUGAGAAGAAGGUAAGGUAUCACAGUAGGAGGAAACUAGCUGAGCAACGGCCUCGUGUCAAAGGUCAAUUCAUUCGCAAGAGAGAUGAUUCUAAUCAGGAAAUGAGUGUCCGAAGACUGACGACAGCUGAGUCAACGAAGAUGGUAUAG